AUGAGUGCUGAUGCCUCGGAUGACGAGGUACCUAGUCUCGUUCAGCCAGGCCAAGAAGAUGAAGUCCCAACCCUGGUGGGUACUGCAGACGAGGACCCUCAGAAGAAGGUGCCAAUUACGAUAGUCACUGGAUAUCUCGGCGCGGGAAAGACGACUCUGCUCAACUACAUUCUCACCGAACAGCAUGGAAAGAGAAUUGCUGUUAUCCUUAACGAGUUUGGGGACUCAAUUGACAUCGAGAAGCAACUAACAGUCUCCGAUGCAAAUUCCACGUCCGCCCAGCCGGCGCCAUUUGUUCCACUGGCAAACGGCUGCAUCUGCUGCUCUGUCAAGGAUGUUGGCGUAGCCGCCAUUGAAAACCUCAUGGAGCAAUCCGGUCUUUUCGACUACAUCCUCCUUGAGACCACAGGCCUUGCAGAUCCCGGCAACAUUGCACCCAUGUUCUGGCUCGACGACGGACUCGGCAGCACCAUCUACCUCGACGGCAUUGUGACGCUCGUUGACGCCAAGAACGUACUGAAGAGCUUGGACGAAGGUUUAGGCGACGAAGAAAACAUCCAGGAACGAAAGAAGGCUGCGCACGACGAACACGGGCCACUACUCACGACCGCUCAUCUCCAGAUUAGCCACGCCGAUGUCGUCAUCAUCAACAAAACCGACCUUGUAACGCCGGAAGAACUCGAAAAAGUAACUGAGCGCGUGCGCUCCAUCAACGGCCUAGCCCGCAUCAAAACAACCACCAAAAGCCAAGUCCCGAAGCUCGAAGGACUGGUUCUUGAUCUAAAUGCGUACGACGAAGUAUCCGACGCCGAUCUCAAAUUCGCAAGCAAAGGACAUAGCCAUCUUGACCCCACCAUUACUACAUCGACAAUCACCUUUCCAGCUUUGUCCCGCGCCCAAGUCGACAAAUACGAUCUAUUUCUUCGCACAGUCCUGUGGGAAGAAACAUUGCCAAACGACACGCCGCACCAGCCAUUUGAGGUUCACCGCUUGAAGGGCCGCGUGCCGGUCCAAGACGGCAAGAUCCUUCUAACACAGGGUGUACGCAGUAUCUACGACACCAAUGAGUUGGAUGAUAAGGCAGGAGAUGGUAGUAAGGAGGGAAAGCUGGUGCUGAUUGGAAGGGGAGUGGAUCAAGAGGGAUUUAGCAAGAGCUUAAUGGCUACGUUGGGGCUGUGAAGAGAAAUACAAUUGACAUGAGGGUUGUAUGUGUAGUGCG